AUGUCUUCUCCCAUCGUCCUCAUCUUCGGCGCCGGUGCCAAGGUCGGCAAAAGUGUCGCCCAAGCCUUUAGCGCAAAAGGCUACAGACUCGCUCUGGCUUCCCGAUCGCAAGACCCAGCAACCUCAACCGACAAGGAGCUACAUAUCCCUACAGAUCUUAGCGACACAGACUCUGUCAUCCAUGCCUUUACCAAGGUCAGGAGCGAGCUCGGUCAUCCCCACGUCGUCAUUUACAACGCUUAUCAUGGCGGCCCCAACGACCCCAACGACAUUUUCGAAGUUCCCUUGGACAGCUUCAAGACAAGUGGAACAGUCAACAUUUUUAGCGCUUACGCCGCAGCUCAAGAAGCUGUAAAAGGUUGGAAAGACUUUCCCGCCGAUAGCAGCCCGACGUACAUCUACACUGGAAACAUUGAGAAUGAGAUGCGCAUUCCAUCAAUCAUGUCGCUAGGUGUUGGAAAGGCUGCAGCUGCUUGGUUCAUUGAGGUCGCUGCUACUUCAUACAAGGACAAAGGCUUCAAGUUCUACUAUGCUGAUGAGAGAAAGGAGGAUGGCACGCCUAUGUAUAGUGGAGCAACUGCGGAAGGUCAUGCUCAGUUCUAUGUUGAGCUCGCUGAGGUUAAGGAGCAGCAGGUUUGGCAGCAGACAUUUGUCUCUGGGCAAGGCUACAAGAAGUUCUAA